AUGACUGCCUCCCUGCUGCUGGGUGGUGCGAUACUAUUGGCAAUCACCGUGUCCGGUGUCCUCUUUUCUUACUUUUCAUCUCCUCGGAAAGGCGUUGGCGGCAUUCCCACGAUACCCCUCUGGGUGGCACUGAUGCCCUUGGUCAAGGACGUCGAUCAGCAGGACGUCUUCACCAAGUGCAUUGAGAAACCACUGCGCAAGCACGGUGCGGCCUCGAUAUUUUUUGCGGGCCAAUGGAACGUGUUGAUUCACAAGCUGGCCUAUCUGGCUGAAGUUUUCAGAAGCGAGGACAUAUACCAGAAGAGUGGAAACUACAGCAAGAUUCCUCAUAGUGUCUUGGCAGCUCUGCUCGGGGAUAACAUCAUAUCGAGUCGCGGAGAAACCUGGAAUAAGCUGUGCACACGGCUCCUCUCCGCCCGAGACUCUGGACAACUGACAGAGAAGCAAUUCCGAGACAACGUCACCGUCUUAUUUGUGGCUGGCCAAGAAAACCCCCAGUUGGCCAUCCUAUCAACCAUGUAUUUGCUGGCCAAGCACCCGGACAUGCAGGACCGACUCUUCGACGAGCUCAGCCAGCAGCCUGGAAAGCCAGUAGACGCAGAAUACCUAGACAGCCUGCCGCUACUGACGUCCAUCAUAUACGAGAGCCUGCGGCUGUUCCCCCCCACCGGGCAGCUCAUCAACCGCCGCGUAGCCUCUGCCGUCUAUCUAGGCGACGCCAUUUUCCUCCCCGAGGGCACGUACGUCGGCUACAACUGCUACUCGACGAACCGCGACCCCGACGCCUGGGGCCAAGACGCAGACGCCUUUCGGCCAAGUCGCUGGGGGUGCUCGCGGCGCGAUAUACACAGGGAGUACAGGCGGCGGAGGACGCGUGCCGAGUUCAUCACUUUUCACGGCGGGCAGCGCGAAUGUCUGGGGGAGCAGUUUGCCGUGCUGCAGUUGAAGGCGACUCUGUACACGCUCGUGACAAGUCUCCGCUGGCGGCUUGAUACAACGUGGCUGGAUAGAAUGACUCCCGUAAGCAAGACGGGAUGGCGUUGA